AGAAAUGGUCGUUAUUAAAUUUCACGAGAGCGUCGCACAGGAAAAUAGUGAAACACGACUCUCUCUCUCUCUUGCUGGCCCUCGAUUUCUCUCUCCUCGGGCGAUCCAAAAUCUGCUAGGGUGAACAGGGGCUUCGUGUUUGAUGCGAUUCUGAGCUCGGGGGUUUCAGACUUGCAAUUUCAAGAGAUUUGUUUUUAACCGGGUGCUCUCUUUGCAGGUAAGUUGAAAAGAUGGAGCACGAGGAGACUGGAUGUCAAUCUGCCCCGGAAGGUCCUAUUUUGUGCGUAAACAAUUGUGGGUUUUUCGGAAGUGCGGCUACUAUGAAUAUGUGCUCCAAGUGUCACAAGGACAUGGUCUUGAAACAGGAGCAGGCGAAGCUUGCUGCAUCAUCCUUUGGAAGCAUUGUCAACAGAACAUCAAGCAUCAACGCAAAUGAGCCUGUUGCUUCUGUGGAUGUUCAACCCCAUCCAAUGGAGCCAAAAACUCUCUCUUCGCAACCAUCCUUUUCCUUUGGUUCAGGGUCAUCUGGUGAGCCAAAGCCAGAGGGCCCAAAACGUUGCAACACUUGCAACAAGCGGGUUGGAUUAACAGGGUUCAAUUGUCGGUGUGGCCACCUCUUUUGUGCAGUACAUCGUUAUUCAGACAAACAUGACUGCUCUUACGAUUAUCUCACUGCUGGACAGGAUGCUAUUGCGAAAGCCAACCCUGUCGUAAAAGCUGACAAGCUUGGUAAAAUCUAAGUGUGGUGCAGUGAAGUUUGAUUUCCGAAAUUGAUGCUUGUUUUCAUCCAUGAGACGGCUUCAGAGUCUGCAGCGGUAUCUUAGCACUUGCCCUAUUGUAAUAUUAGAUCCACUGGGGAGGGUAAGGCGAGUUAGACAUCUCUGCACUCUGUAGAACUCUGUAUUUGUUGCGAUUGGGAGAAAGCUUAUGUGUUGCUCCAGUGUCUUAAGUUGUAGUCUAUGCCGGUUUGAUGGACAUGGUUCGGGUUAAUCUUCGUAAUGUGUCUAUGCGCUGUUCAUAUCGCACUUGUUUCUUCUAGUACAUUGUCAGUGGAUCUUCUAUUGUAAAGUAUUGAUGUGGCUUCCAUGCGUAUAUGUAUUUACGAUCGAUUUUUUAUCUAUUUUUUGCCGAUUGGGUUUUCA